UGGGAUUUUUCAACAACGUCUUUCAGUCGAAAGGGUAGUACACUAGAGUAGAUAAUAUUCUGCUUGGAAUUAGAUACUUAGCAGCAUGCCAGUUCCAAUCUCAGGUCAGUAUCAGAGAGGGCCUUCUUGUUGGGAUCGGGUGAAAAUGGGCUUUACCCUUGGUUUUUGUGUGGGACUUGCAUCAGGUGCUCUGUUUGGAGGGUUUUCAGCAUUAAGGUAUGGAAUGCGAGGAAGAGAGUUGAUUCAGAAUGUUGGAAAAGUGAUGUUACAAGGUGGAGGAACUUUUGGUACAUUCAUGGCAAUAGGAUCAGCCAUAAGAUGCUAACAACAGAACUUUGUCAAACCUAUCUUUCAAAGAAUAGUGUAACAGAUGCAAACUGGUAUGCAUAAGUAAUAUAUAACAGACAAAUGUAUGUGUAUGUAUGUGUUGUUUUGUCAAUUAUAAGGAUACUCAGGAAUGAUCAGGGAGAAAAUCACUCUUCAUCAUCCCAGUAGGUGAACAGCUUCCUGCAUAUAUCUUUAAACCAAAUGAUACUAUACCUUAUGGAACUUUAUAACAUGUGACAAAGAUCAAAAUAGAAUUGAAAUGAAAGUUUUAUAAAAUUACAUUUUUAUCAACUUCAUUAGUUGGCCAGCCUUGUACAGACAAAUGAGACAUAAUUUUAUGUUGGUUUUUUUUAUAUUAUGCAAUAAAUUACAGUUUGAAACAUC